ACUUCAGGCUCCUGCAGCCCGGUCUGCGUCGCUGGUCCCAGGUGCCGGCGACUCCUCCUCGAGACCCUCGGACCCCGAGCCCGCCUGGUGGGACUGCGGGCCGCCACCAUGGACGGGGCGGCCGAGCUGCUCUUCUACGUGAACGGCCGCAAGGUGAUAGAAAAAAAUGUCAAUCCUGAAACAAUGCUGUUACCAUAUCUGAGGAAGAAGCUCCGACUCACAGGAACUAAAUAUGGCUGUGGAGGCGGAGGCUGUGGUGCCUGCACAGUGAUGAUAUCACGAUAUAACCCCAUUACCAAGAAGAUAAGACAUUAUCCAGCCAAUGCCUGUAUGAUUCCCAUCUGUUCUCUGUAUGGUGCUGCCGUCACCACAGUAGAAGGCAUAGGAAACACAAAGAUCAGGCUUCAUCCUGUUCAGGAGAGGAUUGCCAAGUGUCACGGCACACAGUGUGGCUUCUGCACCCCUGGGAUGGUGAUGUCCAUCUACACGCUGCUCAGGAACCACCCGGAGCCCACCCUGAGUCAGUUAACUGAUGCUCUUGGUGGUAACUUGUGCCGUUGCACUGGAUACAGGCCCAUAAUCGAUGCAUGCAAGACUUUCUGUAAAACUUCUGGCUGCUGUCAAAAUAAAGAAAAUGGGGUUUGCUGUUUGGAUCAAGGGAUAAAUGGAUUACCAGAGGUUGAGGAAGGAAAUGAGACAAGUCUAAAACUCUUCUCAGAAGAGGAGUUUCUGCCAUUGGAUCCAACUCAGGAAUUGAUAUUUCCUCCUGAGCUAAUAACAAUGGCUGAGAAACAACCACAAAGGACCAGGAGUUUUGCUGGUGAUAGAAUGACAUGGAUUUCCCCAGUGACCCUGAAGGAACUUCUAGAAGCCAAAGUCAAGUAUCCCCAGGCCCCUGUUGUCAUGGGGAACACCUCUGUGGGGCCUGACAUGAAAUUUAAAGGCAUCUUUCACCCAGUUAUAAUUUCUCCUGAUACAAUUGAAAAGCUGAGUGUUGUAAACUGUACAGAUAAUGGGCUGACCUUAGGUGCCGCCCUCAGCCUGGCUCAGGUGAAGGACAUCCUGGCUGAUGUGAUCCUGAAGCUCCCAGAGGAGAAGACACAGACGUACCAUGCUCUCUUGAAGCAUUUGGAAACUCUGGCUGGAUCCCAGAUCAGGAACAUGGCUUCUUUAGGGGGCCACAUAGUGAGCAGGCAUCCAGAUUCAGAUCUGAACCCCCUCCUGGCUGUGGGCAACUGUACCCUCAACUUGCUAUCAAAAGAAGGAAAACGACAGAUUCCUUUGAAUGAGCAGUUUCUCAGAAAGUGCCCCAGUGCCGAUCUUAAGCCUGAAGAAAUCUUGAUCUCAGUGAACAUUCCCUAUUCGAGGAAGUGGGAGUUAGUGUCAGCCUUCCGACAAGCCCAGCGGCAACAGAAUGCGCUCGCGAUAGUCAAUUCUGGAAUGAGAGUGUUUUUUGGAGGAGGAGAUGGCGUCAUUAGAGAGUUAUCCAUCGCGUAUGGAGGCGUUGGUCCGACCACCAUCUGUGCAAAGAAUUCCUGCCAGAAACUCAUCGGAAGGCCCUGGAGUGAAGAGAUGCUGGACGCAGCUUGCAGGCUGAUUCUGGACGAAGUCUCCCUCCCAGGCUCAGCCCCAGGUGGGAAGGUGGAGUUCAAGAGGACUCUUAUCAUCAGCUUCCUCUUCAAGUUCUACCUGGAAGUGUCACAGGUUUUAAAGAGGAUGGACCCUGUUCGCUAUCCUAGCCUUACAGACAAGUACAAGAGUGCUUUAGAUGAUCUUCAUUCCAGACAGCACUGGAGUACAUUAAAUUAUCAGAAUGCAGACCCAAAGCAGCUUUCUCAAGACCCAGUUGGCCAUCCCAUCAUGCAUCUGUCUGGUAUUAAGCAUGCCACAGGAGAAGCCAUCUACUGUGAUGACAUGCCUGCAGUGGACCGGGAGCUGUUCUUGACUUUUGUAACCAGUUCAAGAGCUCAUGCUAAGAUUGUGUCUGUUGAUCUGUCAGAAGCUCUCAGUCUGCCGGGUGUGGUGGACAUCCUGACUGAGGAACAUCUUCAAGGCGUCAACUCCUUCUGCCUCUUAACCAAACCUGAGAAACUUCUGUCCACAGACGAGGUAUCUUGCGUGGGUCAGCUUGUCUGUGCCGUGAUUGCCGAUUCAGAGGUUCAGGCAAAGCGAGCUGCUCAGCGAGUGAAGAUUGUCUACCGAGAUUUGGAGCCACUGAUCCUUACCAUUGAGGAAGCUGUGCAGCACAAGUCCUUCUUUGAGCAAGAAAGGAAACUAGAGUAUGGAAAUGUUGAUGAAGCAUUUAAAAUGGUGGAUCAAAUUCUUGAAGGUGAGAUACACAUGGGAGGUCAAGAACAUUUUUAUAUGGAAACCCAAAGCAUGCUCGUUGUUCCCAAAGGAGAGGAUCAAGAAAUUGAUGUCUACGUGUCCACACAGUUUCCCAAAUACAUACAGGACAUAGUUGCUUCUACCUUGAAACUCCCAGCUAACAAGGUCAUGUGUCACGUAAAGCGUGUUGGCGGGGCUUUCGGGGGGAAGGUGAUAAAAACCGGCAUCUUGGCAGCCAUCACCGCAUUUGCUGCAAACAAGCACGGUCGUGCCGUGCGCUGCAUUCUGGAACGAGGAGAAGACAUGUUAAUAACCGGAGGGCGCCACCCUUACCGUGGAAAGUAUAAAGCUGGGUUCAUGAACGAUGGCCGGAUCCUGGCCCUGGACAUGCAGCAUUAUAGCAACGGAGGCGCCUCCCUGGAUGAGUCAUUAUUUGUGAUAGAGAUGGGACUUCUGAAAAUGGAAAAUGCCUACAAGUUUCCCAACCUGCGCUGCCGGGCGUGGGCGUGCAGAACCAACCUUCCAUCCAACACGGCUUUGCGAGGAUUCGGCUUUCCUCAGACAGGGCUAAUCACCGAAUCCUGUAUCACAGAAGUUGCAGCCAAAUGUGGGUUGUCCCCUGAGAAGGUCCGAACGAUAAAUAUGUACAAGGAAAUUGAUCAAACACCCUAUAAACAAGACAUUAAUGCCAAGAACCUGAUCCAGUGUUGGAAAGAAUGCAUGGCCAUGUCUUCUUACGCCCUAAGGAAGGCAGCUGUGGAAAAAUUCAACUCAGAGAAUUACUGGAAGAAGAAGGGGCUGGCAAUGGUCCCCCUGAAGUUUCCUGUCGGCCUUGGAUCAGUGGCUGCUGGUCAGGCGGCUGCCCUGGUUCACAUUUAUCUAGAUGGGUCUGUGCUGGUGACUCACGGUGGAAUUGAAAUGGGGCAGGGGGUCCACACUAAAAUGAUUCAGGUGGCCAGUCGUGAAUUAAGGAUGCCACUGUCCAACAUCCACCUGCGGGGAACAAGCACGGAAACCAUCCCUAACACAAAUAUCUCUGGAGGUUCUGUGGUAGCCGAUCUCAACGGAUUGGCAGUGAAGGAUGCUUGUCAAACUCUUCUAAAACGCCUUGAACCCAUCAUCAGCAAGAAUCCUGGAGGCACUUGGAAGGAUUGGGCACAGGCUGCUUUUGAUGAAAGCAUUAGUCUUUCAGCUACUGGAUACUUCAGGGGUUACGAGUCGAACAUGAACUGGGAGACAGGCGAAGGCCAUCCUUUCGAAUACUUUGUUUAUGGAGCUGCCUGUUCCGAGGUUGAGAUAGACUGCCUGACAGGCGCUCAUAAGAACAUCAGAACAGACAUUGUCAUGGAUGUUGGCUGCAGUAUAAAUCCAGCCCUUGACAUAGGCCAGAUUGAAGGUGCAUUUAUUCAAGGCAUGGGACUUUAUACAAUAGAGGAACUGAAUUAUUCUCCUCAGGGUGUCCUAUACACUCGGGGCCCAAACCAAUAUAAAAUCCCUGCCAUCUGUGACAUCCCCAUGGAGCUGCACAUUUCUUUGUUGCCUCCAUCUCAAAACUCAAAUACCCUGUAUUCGUCUAAGGGUCUGGGAGAGUCUGGGAUAUUCCUGGGGUGUUCAGUGUUUUUCGCCAUCCACGACGCGGUAAGUGCAGCGCGACAGGAGAGAGGCCUGUUUGGACCGUUGAAGCUCAGUAGUCCACUGACCCCGGAGAAGAUUAGAAUGGCCUGUGAAGAUAAGUUCACAAAAAUGAUUCCAAGAGAUGAACCUGGGUCCUAUGUUCCUUGGAGUGUACCCGUAUGAAUCAAAUACAAACUUCUGGCAAAGAUCGGGUGACUCUUCCAACAAAGCAAUCUAUCCAGUCUCAAUGCUCUAGGAUGAUGGGUCUGAAAGACAGAUUUUCGCAGUUCAGAAAUCAUUUCACAGAAUAUUGCUUUUAUAGGAUGCUGAUUUUAAAUGUUCCAUUUAGAAGUUGAUAGAUAUGCUUAAACAAUGUAGAAAUCAUAUUUUAAAUGGCAUAAAUGCUAACUGGUUUCCUCUAGAGUGGCAUUCUCUAUUAUUCUGUCCCUUAAAUCCAUCCAGCCGAAUGGAAUGGAAGAUGAUGGUUUGUAUGUGAUUCAUAGUUGGCUUGUACCCACCAACAGAAAUUAUACUGUCUAGUGAAAGGCAAUUUUCUAAAUAAUUUUAUUAGUGUGAACUGUAAAGUUGUCAUUUUCUCAUUUGUCCCCAUCUGCUAUCACCUUCUUUUUCUUGUCAGAAUGGAUCCAGGCACUGUAUCUAAAGAGUCUGUGUGACCAAAGAAAAAAAACAGAUAAAUUGAACUUCA